AUGGGCCUUGACAAGGCGAAGUCUUUGCUGCAAGUGACAGACGGGAACUCGUUCCUGGACCUCAUUGCAAAGCAGGUGGAGUGGAUGAAGAAAACCUAUAACAUGCCAGAUUUGAAGUUCAUGCUGAUGAACUCCUUCUCAACCUCGGCGGAUACCUUAGCUGCCUUGGGCAAAUAUUCUGCCUUGGGCACUGGGGACGAUUUGGAGUUCGUGCAGAACAAGGCACCCAAGGUCACUGCAAAAGGUCUGAAGCCGGCGGAGUGGCCUGCGGACCCAUCCCAUGAGUGGUGUCCACCGGGGCAUGGCGAUUUGUACCCAGCCAUGUUGGGCAGUGGCACCUUGGACCGACUCCUGGCGAAGGGGGUGAAGUACAUGUUCGUGUCCAACUCGGACAACUUGGGAGCCACCCUGGACUUGAAGCUCUUGACGCAUUUCGCCCAGUCAGGUGCUCCCUUCCUGAUGGAAGUGGCCGCGCGCACGGAUGCCGACAAGAAGGGAGGACAUUUGGCCACGCUCAAAGGCGGCGGCCUGACGCUACGGGAAUCGGCUCAGUGUCCCAAAGAGGACGAAAAGGCCUUCCAGGAUACCUCGAAGUACCGGUACUUCAACACGAACAACUUGUGGGUUCACCUGGGAAAACUGAAAGAACUCUUCGACCAGAAUGCUGGGGCCUUGCCCUUGCCAGCAGCUGGGAUUGCCAAUCUGACGGUGGAUCCUCGAGACAAGGCGUCGACGAAAGUCAUCCAGUUGGAGACCGCCAUGGGCGCCGCCAUCUCCUGCUUCGCAGGUGCCCAGGCGAUCCAAAUCCCCCGGAGCCGCUUCGCGCCGGUGAAGAAGACCGACGACCUGCUGGCGCUGCGCAGCGACGCCUAUCGGCUCACCGAGGACUUCAGGAUUGAGCUAAUCCCAGAGCGAAAUGGUGUGCCGCCAUUGGUGAAGCUGGAUGAUAUGUACAAGUUACCUGGAACAGAUUGUGGUUAG